AUGUGUUAUUCCCUUUCUGCAUCGAAGGAUCAGGAAGUUUGUGCUCUCUGCGUGGCUGAGAAGUUUUUCACCUACUAGGACGGGGGUGGGGUGGGGAAAACAGGUGUCCUCCUGAAAUAGAGCACAAGCUGCAGCCAGAGUCCAACUGUAACCCAGGGGUAACAUCAGAAACAAGUGAGAAUGACCACAUUAACUCACCGAACCCGUCGCACUGAAAUAAGCAAGAACUUUGAAAAGAAGGUAGAAAGUGAGGAAGAUACUAAUCAAGAGAGGAGUCCAGAAAAUGAAGAUUCUGGAGACUCUAAGGAUAUUCGCCUCACCCUUAUGGAAGAAGUAUUGCUCCUGGGACUAAAAGAUAAAGUGCUGCUAAAGUCAGACAGCCCAACAGGUGAUGUUUUACUGGAUGAAACUCUCAAACACAUCAAAGCAACUGAACCCACAGAAACUGUCCAAACAUGGAUAGAGCUUCUCACUGGUAAAAUUACUCAAAAUGAUCACAAUUCCACACUUGAUUAUCUUUGUCCUUCUCUUAAGGUUGAGAUAAGAAGUACAGAAAUUCAACGUGCUGGGUAA